CCCGCCCCCCUCUGUCCGCCCGAGCCGAGGAUCCAGGAAACAAACGCCGGAACGGAUGGAGAUGAAGUGGCCGCGGUUCUUGCUCCUCGCUCUGGGAGCUUUCUCGCUGUGCUGCGCCACGUCUGGUGACAGCAGCGGCGUGAAGAAGAUGAAGAUGCAGUUCGCCACGGGGCCCCUGCUCAAGUUUCAGAUCUGCAUUUCCUGAGGGUACAAGCGGGUGUUUGAGGAGUACAUGCAGGCCUUGUACCAGCGGUACCCAGACAUCCGCAUCGAAGGGGAGAACUAUCUUCCUAUUCCCGUCUAUAGACACAUUUCUUCCUUCCUGUCUAUAUUCAAACUGCUGGUGAUUGGGCUGAUUAUCAUCGGUAGGGAUCCAUUUGCCCUCCUUGGUAUGCAAGCUCCAGGCAUCUGGGAGUGGGGCCAGGGGAAUAAGAUAUAUGCCUGCAUGAUGGUGUUCUUCUUCAGCAAUAUGAUCGAAAACCAGUUAAUGUCUACAGGAGCUUUUGAAAUCACACUGAAUGAUGUGCCAGUGUGGUCAAAACUGGAGUCAGGUCAGCUGCCCUCCAUGCAGCAGCUUGUGCAAAUCCUGGACAACGAGAUGAAGAUGAACGUCCACAUGGACACCCACCACCACUCCUAACCCUACUCCUCAAGUCCUGGCUGGAGCUAAAAUCCCCUCCAUGUUCGAGGUGGGUUUCUCACUGGGCUGUGAAGUGAUGUUUAUGAAGGUCUGCGCUGAAAGUAGGAAAACUGCUAGCACAGACUGGAUGCUCCCAUCACUCUUCAUGAUGUCCCUCCGAGACAUCCCGCCCCUGACGCCAGAGUGGGAUCCAUGGCAACAGUGCCGGCCAUUCUGUCCUUUUUUUGUACCAUUCAGACGAUCGCAGAAUUCAUCCAGUUGACACCAGUAGAUCCAAGAGGAUAAAUUUAUUAAUGAUUCUCAUAGUCUUUAACUCGUUGCAUAUAUUUGAUCUAUGUGAAUAAAACAGUUGUGUUAUUUGUACCACUGAGCCAUAUGUAGAAUUUUAACUAUUCUAUUCAUUAAGUAGCUUAGCCAUGUAGAAAAUGCAACACUUAAAAUCAUCACUGUUGUGAAAAUAACAUUGGGAAAUUAUGUCUUGGUAUGAUUUCUGAAUAAUUUUUAUAUUUACAUAACUUGGAAGAAGCUAUGAAGAUGAAUAAAACCUAUUGUAACUA